UUGUCCAGCUGAAGAAAGAAAGACUCAACCAAUUCUGCGCUUCUGGUGUGUAAAAACCCAGUCAAAUCUCUCCUCCUUUCCAUGGAUUUGACGAAAACAACUCGUUUUCAAUAAUAAUAAUAAUAAUAUUCACCAGACACGCCAUCGGAAUCGAUCGACAAUCUUCGAUCUCCAUGCCUUACAAAUAUCCCUGAAGAAGCUUUCCUUUCCCUUUCAAUACCACAAAUCGUACGUGUAGCCGCCAUGGGGAAUUGCUUGGGGUUCUUCUCUUCCUCGAGGAAGCAGCUGGCGAGAGCGGCAGCAGAGGGCGACACAGAGGGAGCGAAGAAGUUGCUGGAGAUGGAGCCAGGGCUGGCCAGAUCCUCUGGCUUCUCCUCUCCGCUGCACAUUGCUGCUGCAGGAGGCCAUUCUGAGAUUGUGCUGCUGCUGCUCGAGCAUGGAGCAGGCGCGAACUCCAGGAGCUUCAACGGACGGACGCCAUUGAUGGAGGCAUGCCGCAGCGGCUGCUGGGAGGCAGUGCAGGCCCUGCUCGUGUUCGACUGCGACGUUUCCAAGGGUUCGUACUGGAAUGGCCGGACCGCGCUGCAUUACGCAGCUGAGGGUGGGCACGCGGCCUGCAUCAGGCUGCUCGUCGCUGGGUUUCUGUCUGCCGGGGGGGACGAAGCCAAGCUCGAUGGUUUCGUAAACCAAGCCGCGAGCAGCGGCGUCACAGCUCUCCAUUUGGCCGCGUUGAGUGGAAACGCAGACUGCGUGCGCCUGCUGCUCGACCUGCAUGCUGCCGUCUCAGCUGAGGCACUCUGUCUCUCCUCCCCUGCCGCAGCCUCGAUAGGAGCUGGAAGCACUCCUUUGCACUAUGCAGCAUCCACCGGAAACCUCAAGAGUUGUCAGGUUCUUAUUGCUAGAGGAGCAAGCAGGUCAGCAGUGAACAGCCAUGGGUACCUUCCAGUCGACGUCGCUAAGUCAUGUGGCUGGAUUGAGCUCGUCCCAUUACUGUCGAUCAAUUCCGAGCUGGCAGUUCCUGACUUCCCUGCAUCACUCUGUCCAUCGCUGGUUCUCACAAACAUCAUAAAACUAGCAAGGGAGCAUGGAAUGUUCUCAUCGACCGUGCCCAGUGAUGACUCCGAUCCAUGUGCUGUUUGCCUAGAAAGAGCUUGCACUGUGGCUGCUGAAGGUUGCGGCCAUGGACUCUGCAUCAGGUGUGCUCUGUGCCUCUGCUCGACGAGCAGCAGCAUCAAGUGUGAGAGCGAGAGGUCUGCACCACCACCACCUGCUGCAGUGCCUUGUCCUCUGUGCAGAGAAGGAAUUGUGGCGUUCAGAAGGAUUCCUUCUGUCGCAGUCAGGGAGGUGAGGAUCACUAUAGGUGGCCAUGGAGGCGGUGCCCUGUCUCCGCUGAAGAAUCAGUCUGCAGUGGUUCCCAUCGAAGAGGCUGCUUUAACUUAAACACUGUAAACGAGUUCAUUUAUUCUUUUGUUUUUUCCCGAAAGAAAGAACUUCUUAUUGCCACCAAAUGGAUUGGGGGGUGUCUUCAUUGUACCAAUUGUUCAUUUUAACAACAGUUCGGCUUUGCUUGAA